AUGGCUGCUACCCGUCAGGCCCUAUCGCGACUGGCUCUUCCAAGAGCCGGUCUCACAAAGUCCAUUCUCAAGCCUUCCCGGGCCGCCAGGGCAUUUGCGUCCCCCGCCACCACUGCCCCCGCCACAUGGACCCCAAAUAAGACCGAGACCACCACCUUGAGCAAUGGCUUCACGAUAGCCACAGAAUCGAAUCCCGGUCAACAGACCGCUACCGUUGGUGUUUGGAUCGAUGCCGGAAGCAGAGCGGAGACCGAUGCCAACAAUGGAACUGCUCAUUUCCUCGAGCAUCUUGCCUUCAAGGGAACAAAAAGCAGGACACAAAAUCAACUUGAGCUUGAGAUUGAGAACAUGGGUGGUCAUUUGAACGCAUACACAUCGCGGGAAAACACUGUUUACUACGCCAAAGCCUUCAAGAACGACGUAGCCAAGAGCGUCGAGAUCCUCUCCGAUAUCCUCCAGAACUCUCGUCUUGACGAAUCUGCCAUCGAAAGAGAACGUGAGGUUAUCCUUCGCGAACAGGAGGAAGUUGACAAGCAGCUCGAGGAAGUUGUUUUCGACCAUCUCCACGCCACCGCUUUCCAGGGUCAGCCUCUCGGCCGAACCAUCCUCGGACCUAAGGAGAACAUCCUCGCCAUCCAGCGUCAAGAUCUCGUCGACUACAUCAAGAAGAACUACACUGCUGACAGGAUGGUUCUUGUCGGAGCUGGUGGUGUCGACCACGGUGAACUCGUCAAGCUCGCCGAGAAGCACUUCGGAAACCUUCAGUCCUCGCCCGUACCAACUGUCUUUGGAUCUGCCCGAACUGAGGUCCCAGACUUCGUCGGUUCUGAAGUCAGAAUCAGAGAUGAUGCUUACCCAACCGCCCACAUUGCCAUUGCCGUUGAGGGUGUCAGCUGGAAGGAUGACAACUACUUCACUGCCUUGGUUGCCCAGGCCAUCAUCGGAAACUGGGACAGGGCUAUGGGUAAUGCUCCUUUCUUGGGAAGCAAGUUGGCCAGCUUUGUGCACAAGCACCACCUUGCCAACAGCUUCAUGAGCUUCAGCACCAGCUACAGCGAUACCGGUCUCUGGGGUAUCUACCUCGUCACCGACCAUUUGGCUGAAAUCGAUGAUCUUGUUCACUUCGCUUUGAGAGAAUGGACCCGUCUCGCCACCUCAGUUGACGAAUCCGAAGUUGAGCGUGCAAAGGCCCAGCUCAAGGCCUCCCUCCUCCUCUCCCUCGAUGGUACUACUGCCAUCGCCGAGGAUAUUGGCCGACAGCUAGUUACCACUGGUCGCCGUAUGACACCCGGUGAAGUUGAGAGAGUCGUUGGAGCUAUUACCCCCAAGGACGUCAUGAAGUUCGCCGAGAAGCACAUUUGGGACCAGGACAUUGCCAUCAGCGCGUUCGGCAGUGUUGAGGGUUUGUUCGAUUACCAGAGGAUCAGAAACGACAUGACCCGUAUGUUCUCGUAA